AUGGCCCAAAACCCUUACCUCUUGGCCUGCGACAACCCAACGGCCCUUCUAGAGCUGCUGCGGUCCAACCCCUCGAUCGCAUCGAGCCAAGAUGAGUCCGGAUACUCAUUGCUGCACGCCGCAGCCUCAUACGGCCAUAUCGAUCUCCUACGUGCUCUAGUGAAAGAAUUCAACGUCGAUGUCAACCUCCUCGACGAAGAUGGCGAGACAUGUCUAUUUGUAGUCGAGGAGAGUGACAUCGCGCGCUGUUUAGUCGAGGAGCUAGGUGUGGAGGUCAAUAAGAAGAACGCCGAAGACUUUACAGCUGUGGAAAAGUUCGAGACCGAGAAUGACUUCCCACAGGUCGCUACCUAUCUCCGCGAAGUCGUCGGGGGCGCUCCUGCUGCUCCAACGCACGCUCAAGCCGCCGACGUUUUGAACUCGUCCGGGCCCAUCCCCGGCAGCGAUAUGAGGGUCAACAUUGGAACAAUGACGGAGGAAGAAGCCACUGCUGGUGGUGAACCCGAUCCAGAAUUCAAAAGGCGCAUUGAGGAGCUUGCUACGCGUGAGGACUAUUACAGCGAGGAGGUGCAGAAUGAGGUGCGCGAGUUGGUCAAGGAUGCCAUGGCUGGCUCGAAUAUUGAAGCUAUGGAGCGGGAAAUUCGGAGGAGAACUGAGUAA